GAAUAGGACCACGGUUUGUGUGGCUACACUACACCAAGAUGGCGGCACCGUUCGUCAGGAACUGCUAUAAUUGCGGACUUCCGGGACAUUUCCGAAGGGAGUGCCCACAUCCAACGAGGGCGCCUGCGACUGGAGCUAACGUUGCUGCUUUGAGCCGUCCGAUCCUGGCCUUGCCGGCUCCUGCGGUCCCUCUGGCCCCUGUGCAGCAUGGACCAAUGCAGUAUACUUAUCCAGCGGGAGGCUAUGGCGCAGGGAGAGGUUUUUGGAGGCAAAGUCUCGAUAGGUGCGUCGCCUUCGACGAUCAGGCAGAGGCUGAAAAUGCAGAAAAGAAGCGAGAGAAAGAAGUUGAGAGCAGGAAGGAGCAACAGAAAGAACGCGAAGAAUUUGAAGCAAGGGUCGGAGAUCGUCUAGAGAAUAGGUUGGUUUCAAUGUAUGGUGCAGUUGUGCCGGCGGGGGGUAAGCUGGCUACGACUGUAGCGCCCGUCGCUGACGAGAAGAGCUCGGAGAAUGGAGAAGUCUUAAAGUUAAGGAGAGAAAAUGAGGAAUUCAGGAAGAAGCUGGAGCGAGAGUGCUCCAGCAGUGAGAGUUUGGUGAACCGACUACUGCGAGAGAAUGAAGAACUCAGACGAAAGAUGAAUGUUAAGAGAGAUCCGUUGGAGAAUGGGAUGAGCGUACUGAUGAAGGAGAUGCAAGAACUCCGGGCAGGCAGGGACAAGGAUAAGGAGCUCCUUCUGGGACUUAAGACAAAGGUUGGACCAUUACGCAAGGAGAAGGAGCAAUCUGCAGAAGAGACUCAGAUGUGGAUGAAUGAAGCCUUAAGGCCCGGGAACAAGAGGGGUUGUAUAUCCAUGACGACGCCAUAAAUUGAUAACCGUACCCACUCCAGGGUUCGUAUUUUAUAUUCACCGUCUGAUGCGCUUCGUGACGAGCUAAAGAAGC